GGACCACAGCCCUUUGCCAGGCCUCUCCAGCCCCAGCUGGCAUGGCCUUCCCAAGCCACAUCCUGCUCCUGCUUUUACUCCCAGUGGCUUCAGGUCAAGCAAACCCAGGUCUCUGCUCCGGAUGUGGGCCCCUCUCCAUCCCACUCCUGGCCGGGCUUGUGGCCGCUGACGCAGUCAUGUCCCUGCUCAUCGUGGGGGUGGUGUUUGUGUGUACACGCCCACGCCAGCAACCCAUGCAGGAAAAUGGCAAAAUCUACAUCAACAUGCCUGGCAGGCGCUGACCACAUUGCCCGCCCCUGUAGCUGGGACCUGGACCAACAGGCAGUGGAGCCGCUGAUCCUGAAUUGUAGAUGGUGGCUCAG